AUGUCGGCCCAAGUCCCCGACCAGGCGUCGGCUCUGUCGCCCAGCCAUGAUCACAAAUCCGCCUCACCAACUGAUGCCUCGUCCACCACGAGCCCCAAUGGCAGCACCAGCACCGGCAACAACGCCAGCAGUGCCUCGUCCAACGCGCAGCUCGUCUGCCGCUGGAACCAGUGCGGCCUGAAGUUUACCAACGCCGAGACGCUCUAUGAACACAUUUGUGAGCGUCAUGUUGGUCGCAAGAGCACAAACAACCUGAGCCUCACCUGCCAAUGGAACUCUUGUCGCACCACCACUCCUCACAAGUGCGAGUUCUGUGGCAAGUCUUUCAAGAGACCUCAGGACUUGAAGAAGCACGUCAAGACCCAUGCCGAUGACUCGGUUCUCUCCCGACCUGGCCAGGAUAACCAGCCAGGCAUGAACUACAGACCACAAGCUCCCAAACCCCCUAGCUAUUAUGACCACAACGGGCAGAUGCGAAGCCCCGUCACCGGCUUCCCUCAACCACAUGCUGGCGGCUAUUAUGCUCCUCAGCCGUCGACCAACUAUGGUCUCUACUUCAACCAGCAGCAUGUCAACACGGCACCCCGCUCUGAGCACAUUGGCUACGCUGCGAGCUAUGACCGCAAGCGCACUCAUACUCAUGAGAUGGUGGACGAUUUCUUUGGCAACGUCAAGCGUCGCCAGAUCGACCCGACUUCCUAUGCUCAGAUCGGACGUUCCCUGCUCCCUCUUCACAAUGCCCUGUCUAUCCCCAGCGGACCCAUGGCCGCCACCGAAUCUUACUUUCCCCAGCCGGCUGGUCAUGCUAAUCCCUUGGCCCAGCAGUAUUAUCUACCCAUGCCCAAUGCGAGGUCGCAGAAAGACCUAAUUCAGCUCGACCAGAUGCUAGGGCAGAUGCAAAACACUGUGUACGAGACCGCCCCUCAAAUGACCACAGGAAUGCACCCCCAUGACGGCCAAUUCGCCGGAUACCGCAGCACACCGUCGCCAACUACGCUUCACCGCGGCCCAGAUGCUAUGCACGUUGGUGCUGAUGGCUACCACCAGCCUGUCUCAGCAGCAAGUAUGGCAUCCCCUCUAACGGCCAUUUCAUCUACCGGCACCCCUGCAGUGACACCACCGUCCAGCGCCAUGUCAUAUACUUCUGGUCAUUCCCCAAGCCCCUCAGCCUCCUCGGGAUUUUCACCACAGUCCCGCCACAGCUCGACUGCUUCGUCCAUCAUGUAUCCCAGCCUUCCCACUAGCCUGCCAGCCGUUAGCCAGGGAUUCGGACAGUCCACCACGGCAACGCUGGGCCCUAGCUUUGACGCGGGCGAGCGUCGCCGAUACUCGGGUGGCAUGCUCCAGAGAGCUCGCGGCGCACCGCCACGAUCUGUCGAGGAGCCCACCGGCGCAGUCACUCCCAAGGCCAGCGAAUCUACCCAAUCAAUUGGAUCUCCCUCCUCGGAAUCAUCAGACGUCAGUGACGGUACCCGCGAAAAAGAGGAGCAGUACGAGCGAUGGGUAGAUAACAUGCGGGUGAUUGAGGCUCUUCGUGAGUAUGUCCAAGGGCGCCUCAAGCGCGGUGACUACGAAGAGGAGUAUCCUAGCGUUAGCAAGAUCCGCAAGGAUGUUGAUGCCAUGGACCUCGAAGGCAAAUCCAGGAGCCCGCUUGCCAACGAGCGCCCCAUGUCCAAGGAGAGCAACCCUCUGUACCCUGUCCUUCCAGUUCCCGGUACCUAA